AAUAUGUUUUUGAGAAUGGAACGUGUGCUGAUGUGUACACAACAUGAAACAUAAAUUUCAGAACAUUUAAGCAUUUUGAAAUGUACACACUUUUACAUGGAUUGUACAAGUAUCUUGUGCAAAAAGAUGAAUAUUUUAUAUUGAUAUUAGGACUAGACAAUGCAGGAAAAACGACGUACUUAGAAGCAGCAAAAACAAAAUUUACAAAGAAUUACAAGGGUAUGAAUCCUAGCAAAAUUACAACAACUGUUGGCUUAAAUAUUGGAAAAAUUGAUAUUGCUGGUGUCCGCUUUAACUUCUGGGAUCUUGGUGGUCAAGAAGAACUUCGUUCAUUGUGGGAUAAAUAUUAUGCUGAAUCACAUGCUGUAAUUUAUAUAGUUGACUCAUCAGACCGUGAAAAAAUACCUGAAUCUAAGGAAACUUUUGAUAGAGUUAUAUCAUCGGAACACUUAAUAGGUGUACCUCUUUUAGUCCUAGCAAAUAAGCAGGAUGUGCCUGAUUGCAUGGGUGUUAGAGAAGUAAAACCUAUCUUUAAUCAAAAUGCACAUUUAAUUGGUCGAAGAGAUUGUAUGGUAAUGCCUGUUUCUGCUUUAAAUGGGGAUGGUGUAGAUGAAGGGAUACACUGGCUUGUGGAUUGUGUCAAGAGAAACAGCGAUGUUCGGCCACCUCGUAACCAGAAUGACAAUUGUCUAUCUUAAUAUUACAUUCCUGUUUUGUUAUAACAUAUAGAUUAAUUUAUGAACAGUAUUUUAAUGUAAGAGUUCUGUAUAUCUAUAUUAGGAAUAAUUAUAUUUAUCCUAAUAAACUUUGGUUUUUUAAUCCGUA